AUGCUUCCUUGCCAUCUGAUGAGUCAUUGUACGGCACUUGGCGUUGUUUUCCCACUGGCCGGCUGGCACUGGAGCUGGUGUGCAUGUCCCGCAAAGGAAGUCACUACGAGGGAGUCAGGAUUGCGGGGGGUUGCUUUUCGCAAGCUGCCCUACCCGCUGAAGAGGCUGCGGUUGUCUGCACCCAUGGCAGCGCACAGCGGCCGCCCGCACGCCAUGGCGACUGGGAGUGGGUCGUCCACCAGCCACUUUCUGGUCUGGGACGGACGGUGGCCCCAUUCGUUGCGCAGCAGGAGAUUGCGCGGCACCGCGCGCGUCACCAGGAGUAUGGGUGAUCUAGAGAUUGUCCAAAACGUACCCCUGAAGCGGUAUUGCACCUGGAACAUAGGGGGACCGGCACAGGCGCUGGCCGUGGUGAAGAGUGCCGAAGACAUGUCCAAGGCGUUCAGAUGGGCAGCUGUUGAGGAUCGCCCUGUCUUCAUCUUGGGGAAUGGAUCCAAUGUCCUUUUCGACAACAGGGGAUUCGAGGGUCUUGUGAUUCUGAAUCGCAUCGCCCACUGCGAGCAUCUGGGCGAUGGUUUCUUCUCUGUGGGUGCCGGAUACCCAAUCAACAAGCUCAGCGCCCAGUUGUCUCGGUCUGGAUGGGGCGGCUUGGAGUUUGCCAUUGGGAUUCCUGGGACAGUGGGGGGCGCUGUGUACAUGAAUGCUGGGGCGCAUGGCCAGGACACAGGUGGCAUCGUCUCCUCUGUGCGGUACUUUGAUGGUGACGGGCGGUUGCACACUGUCGAUGGAGCCUGCCUCCAGUUCGGCUACCGAUAUUCCAUCUUCCAGCAAAUGGAGAGGCCUGUCGCCAUUGCUUCCAUCACCCUUUCGUUGAUGAGGUGCAACCGUGCUCGUCAGCGAGCCACUGAAUACUGGCGACGGAGGGUUUUGUCGCAGCCUGCCGCAGCCAGGACGGCUGGGUGCGUUUUCCGCAACCCAGGUGGCGGGUCGAUCAGUGCGGGCGCGCUGAUCGACCAGGUGGGACUGAAGGGCCGCACAUUCGGCGGUGCUGCGGUGUCCCGACGGCAUGCAAACUUCUUUCUCAACAAGUGUUCUUGCUCUUCCGAUGAUAUGCUACGCCUCAUUGACGUUGUGAAGAGGGAGGUUUUGAUGCACAGUGGCGUCAAGCUUUUUGAGGAGGUCGUUGUGGUACCUGCAAAGUCAUGA